CAGAGUUCUUAUUCGCCCUUAGCCGGUGUCGAAGCUGUUUGAAUUUUGGUUAGGUUCACCGGCUGAAAAGAACCCCCGAUUCUGGUUCAAUUUGAAAAAAUUAUGAAAAGAAACUACUAGAAAUUGCUCAGAAAUCGUACGAGAUGUUUCGGUCUAAUUUCCAAGAGGAAAAUGCCCAGAAAGAUUCCAAGUUGCAGGCUGUUUUCAGCAAACUGUCAGGGGUCUUUCCUCGGGCUGAAGAUUUUGGAAAUUCUAACAAGACGAUGUCGUCCGAGAUAAUCGAGUCAGUAUUGGUCGAUAGUCCGAUUCCUCUAUCAACGAACUGGAACUACGAAGCUUACACCAUAUCAGAGGAGGGCGAGUACCCCGUCAUAGCGUCCAUCACUCAGAGGUUGGAGUCUGAGCUGAGGCGUGCCAAGAGCACCCAUCUCUUCUGUGGCGAGGUACUCCUGCCCUGCGGCCUCCUGCAGAGGAUUGCUGCAGACAUCGUCUCGAUGGCAGAGAACGAACCCUGCGGACUGAGGGGGUGCGGGUUGCACCUUUUCUUCGAGAGGGUCGAUGAGUGCAUGAGCCUGGGUAUGCUGAGGUGCGACCCGUCGACGGCUUGCACCUUCGAGCUGCACCUCACGCUGAAGCAGAACAACACGAGGUGGACUUUUCUACCGCAGUUUUUGAGGAACCUAACCAGGGGCGGAACAAUAGUGGUAAGUCCGGCCUACACCAUAAGUAAAAAAAAAUUAUAUAGAACACAAAGCACUGAUUAAGAAGAGCCGAACUGAUGAAGAUAAGACUGAAAAUAAUGCAUCAACAUAAUAUGCCGUGUCAUUUUGCGUGUUUUCCUGUAUCUGUCUUGUCACCCUUGUGUCCUUACGUCCUUGUUUAACUAAAGGGGGGCUUAAUCGCCUUUUUCCCAGGUAGAGAGUGAUUUUAUGUGAUCUUGAGCUGUAGUCUUUCAGUAGUGAAAAUGGCCAAUCAUUUUUCCAAUUUUUCAGUCUCGAAAUUACCCUUGAUAAAAAAAUAUUUCGAUUUUUUCAUGAUAAAUUUUAAUAAUAAUUAUUUUCUUACCUACUGUUCGAGAAAAAUGAAAAAUAAUAUAAGUUUUUAUAAUAGUAGCAAAAAAUUGAAUUCACAAAACAUUCAUUGAAUUCUGUUGAUGGGAGGGAGAAAUAUUGAAAAUCGAUGAAAGUCAUCAAUAUUCAUUUUAUUUCAAAUUGUCAUAUCAACAGAAUGAAAUCUUUGUUUUGUUCAUAAAUUACCAAAUCAAUUUGGCAGUGAUCAAAUUACUGGGGUUGAAAUGAAAUUGGACAUUUUCUCUAUCGAUUAACAUUGAUUUGAUAUCCUUGUUCUAAAUUAUAAAAUAUUCGAUAUUUAUAGUAGAAUCAGAUUUCUCUAUAUCAUAUGAAUGUUAUGUAAGCUUAGGAAAGGAAGGCAUUCGAAAAACAGGUUGUUCGGUGAAAAACUUAAGUGGAAUUUUCAUGCAUUGUUCGGUUCAAUUCAGUAUUCAGGUUUGAAUAUAAUGAAACGGUCUUCACUGUAGAAAGAAGCUGAGCUGCUUCUCUUAGGAGUUGUGGAUGUUCGACAAUAUUUUUCAGGAUUUCUGAUGCAUGGCUCCAUGGCUUUUUGCCUUUGCUCUUCAGCCUGUUUUUUAAAUUCCUCCCUAGAGUUAUAUUUGUAAUUGUUAGAUCGUACCAAAGGAGUCUUGGAAAAUUAAUAUAUUUUGGGUUUAUUGUAAUUAAAUGUGUAUGGGUUGGACAUGGGAAAAUCUUUAAUUGUCCAAGACUCUCCCAACAGGUUCACCUCUUAGGGAUCAAUCGCUGAAAAAUUUGGGCAUUUAUCAUAUAAGGCGAUUUUUACCUAGGGUGAAUUUGUAAACUCCGAGAUAGUUCAAAUGCAAUGUUUAUUGACUGAGUAAUUUUAAAGCAUCGGAUGUAGUCAUAGAUGGACGACUUUAAGAAGGGUAAGAAAAUUGCAUCGAAGUUCUAUACUACGUGGCACUAACAAUAAACUUUUCUUUUCUACAAUUGCAAUAUGGAAAUGUCAUUCAGAGGACCAAAUAAAGAAAAGAUUGAAUGACAAAUCCACGGGUUUUUAAUGGGAAUGGGAAAAAAUAUACAGUAGUCGGAAUUGAAUGCCGAAAGAGUGAGACAUUUGGGGCGUUAUUGGUAGACUCUUGAGAACAGUUUAUUGCUGGUUUGAAUUAAUUUAUUACCUACGAAUCAGAAAUAAGUGGGACGUGCUUGAUUUUUCUAGGGGAUAGUAAUUUUUUCGAAUCGAUGAUUUAUUUUUCAAUUCUGUCGAUUCAUAACUUGUGUAUGUCGAAAAAAUCCUAUGAAUCGAAUAUUAAAUGGCAUAUCAAAAAAUAAAUAUGGAGUAGAACUGGAAAAAAAUUACUAUCCCUUGCGGAUCAAGAAUAAGUUGACAUUUUAUCGAUUUCGAAUCCAUAUCUGGGUUAUUCAAUAUUGAUUUAUCAUGCAUUCUAGAUAUCCGUUCCAUUUUCAUCAUUUCGUAAAAAAAAUUUCUUAAUUUUUUUAACCUAUUAUUUAUUAUACAUGUUUACAGGUUAUUAUUUAUUAUCAACUUUUUUGUUAUCCAAAAAGCCUGGCAGCUUUCAACUUCAAAUUCCAUCCUAUUUCUCUAGGGCAAAGAAACGUUUCAGUAUUAUUUGUUUGCGACAAUGCCUUUGAACCUCUUGAGAAUUAAUUAGAUAAGUUUAGUGCCCUACCUUAAAAGGAGGAUUUAAAAUGUAAUAAGUGUAAAGAGAGAUCGCUAAACAGCCAUUCGAAAGCAAAUCCGAUGAAGGAGCUCAUUUAGCUCGUGUAAUGUGAUAUAUUUUCAAUCAGAAUCAAUGUCAUCCUCUAUCAGAACUGACAAAUGAAUUGAUAGGGUAGAAUGAGAGUCGGUGAAUAUUUUGGAUAAUAUAUUUAUAGUAUUACUGUAAUUUUGUUUCGAAAACUUUUGUGAUAGUAUGAUUAAGGUUUUGUACUUUUCAGAAAUUUAUUAUUAUUGUAGAUUCAAUGUGAAGAUAUGUCAAUAAAAUUUAUUAAAAUAUGA